AUGGCCAUGCCUGGCUACUCUAGCAACCCUGCCUACCCACACCCCUCAAAUGGCAACAGUUACCUGCUGAUGCCUGGAGGUAGCUCCCAUCUGACUGCUGGUGGCUUUAAGUAUGGAAUGCAGCAGUUCAAGCCUGUCCCCAGUGGCAGUCCCACAGGGUAUGGAAGUUUCACAAGUCCAACUGGUUUUGCCAUCAAUGCAUCUGGUGGUGUUGGCAAUGCCACAGGACUUGAAGAUUCAUCUCGGCUGAAGUACAACGAUAGCAAUCUUUANCAGGGACUUGAAGAUUCAUCUCGGCUGAAGUACAAAGAUAGCAAUCUUUUUGUUCCAAAUCCACAGGUGACUCAUACCUUCUGCAAGGCUGAGACAUCUGAAAUAUGGAUGAAUCCAAGGGAUGCUCCUAGUUUGCAAUCAGCUUGGUACUACAACAUGCCACACAAACGCCUCAUGCUGCUUAUUUGCCAUCACACACGGGUCGCGCUUCUGUCAAUCCAGCAGCUGCUGUAGCACAAUCAUCUCAUAUGCAGUUCCCAGGCUUGUACCAUCCUCCUCCACAGCCUACACCCCAUAAAAUGGGCCCUGCGGCCUCUGCCAUGAGGUGGUAAUGUUGGAGUUGGAGGAGCCCAAGUUGGUACCUAUCAACAAACUCAAUUGGGUCUCCUGAAUUGGACAGGGAAUUACUGAAAAGGUGUUCAAUUCAGCCCUUUUCUGUAUGAAAUGUGAACCCAAUCUUUUAUAAUCAAUGCAUCAAGUUGUGUUAAAAGUUUUGUUUGACAAAUGAUUUCAAGGACCAAGUAGUCUCCGUCUCCUCCACAAAGAGGCCAGCGCCUCGCUAAAUAGUUGGAGACGAAUUUGUGGCUGCGCCCAUGGUAGGCCUUAUAUGACUAAGACUGCUGGUACAUUCGAGUGGUCUAUGUCUCAGGUUAAUGUUUUUCUUG